GACGUGUCUUGGUCACGCGUUUGGCGAUGCCCUCUCCUUCGCCGCCCGAGCACCUCAAUACCACAGGAUGUCGCAUACAGUACUCGGAAGGCAAAGGUCGCGGUGUCUAUGCUUCUCGGUUCAUUGAAAAUCGGACGGUUGUUGAAAUCAGCCCUGUUCUCUUGUUCUCAAAGGACGAAUACGAAUCACACGGCAGACACACUGUUCUGGGUCACUACACAUUCAAGUGUAAAGAUGGCCGGAUGGCUCUGGCGCUGGGACUUGGUUCCCUGUUCAACCACUCUGAUUCACCCAAUGUCACCUACGAAAUCGACCUUUCAACAGAGUCUAUACGAUAUACUACCGUUCACGAUAUCGAACCCGGCGAAGAGCUAUGCAUCUUCUACGGUCAUAAUUUGUGGUUUCAGCCUUUCAGAUCUGACAGCCAAGCGGCCGAGGAACCUGAAGCAAACGAGCCCCUCCCUAUGUCUACUGAUAGCCAAAAACACGAUGAUAUCGUCGCUGAGGACAACCUUCCCUUCCUCAAAAUCAAACCACCGCCAGACGAGGAGGACCUGGCGAGCGUAAGAACCGUUCAAGCAUGGGUAGUGGAUAUCCCGGACCCAAAACACAUAACUACAAUGCUAAAAUGGCUCAAGCAAGCAGGCCUCGAUACCGACGAUCUAGGCCACCUUAAACGCGUCCAAAAGCAGGAUGGCAGGACGCGACUCUUGCUGACAGCACUACCUACAUGCCCUUCGCCACCGGCAGACUUCAAUCUGCCUGAGCCUGUUCUGGUACCAGUACCAACGUCUUCUGCCCUUACGCCUACCUCCCUUGCACUCAAAUCAAGUUAUUGGCCUACCAUAUACGCUCCACGUCGGAAAGGCGAAACUGAACCCUGGUCACAAGAUAAAGUGGCAUGGGCACGAGAAGCGAUGAGCCAGGCCGUCACCACGGCCCUUAGAGCUCAAGCAAACGGAGAACUGCCCGUUGCCGCCUAUGUGCCCGUUCCCUGCGAGAUCGACAACGAAGACGCUAUUCUGGUAACCGCCACAGCUUCAGAUUCACGGACGUCGACGCAACAUCCUUUGCGCCACUGUGUGCCCAAUCUCGUAAGGGACAUAGUGGAUCGAUAUCACGAGGCAAGGAAACGGUCUCCUCCUCCCCCUGAUUCCAUGAAGAAUGGGACGAAUUAUCUCCUUACUUCUCUCUCACUUUUCAUCACGCACGAACCCUGUGUAAUGUGUAGCAUGGCAUUGUUGCACUCCCGUGUCAAAGAGGUGUUUUACCUCAUACCGAUGGAAAAGACGGGCGGGUGCGGCGGACUGACUUGUUUACCCGCUUUGCCUGGAGUAAAUCAUAGAUUCACUAUCUGGAGAUGGCGGGACGGGGGUUUCGAUGUAGAUCGUAUCCGAAUACACGAGAAUAGUGAUGCAUAA